GGGCAGAAGAGCUGCACGAUGCGUCUUGGGGGGAUCUGUCUGGGACUGCCUCGUUCCUGAAGAGGUGGCUUCUUCGGCGUCCCCGUUAGAGCCGCUUUCCCAUGACCCUCCCGGGAGGCCGUGCCUUUCGCUUGCCUUUCUAUCUAUCCUCUUUCUUAGACGUUUGCGCGAGAAAUACUCAAAUCCUUGCCCACAAUGGCAGACAAGAGGGACACUGCUGACCGCAAGGCCUGCAGCGUGCUGAGCUGGGAUCAGGUUAGCCGGCUGCACGAAGUUCUGUCAGAAGUGGUGCCAGUUCACGGGCGUGGCAAUUUUCCGACUUUGGAGAUUACUCUGAAGGAUAUUAUCCAAACCGUUCGCAGCAGACUGGAUGACGCAAGCAUUCAGGUUCACGAUGUCCGGCUGAAUGGUUCCGGAGCUGGUCAUGUCUUGGUCAAAGAUAACGGACUGGGUUGUAAGGAUCUCGAUCUUGUCUUCCAAGUGUCUCUGUCGAAUGAAACUGAGUUCCAGUUAGUCAGAGAUGUGGUUUUGCAAUCCCUUUUAGACUUCUUGCCUGAAGGAGUAAACAAACUAAAAAUUAGCCCUAUGACCCUGAAGGAAGCUUAUAUUGAAAAACUGGUGAAGGUGUACACAGAAACCGACCGAUGGAGUUUAAUCUCCCUCGCCAACAAGCAUGGCAGGAAUAUAGAGCUCAAGUUUGUGGAACGCAUAAGGCGACAGUUUGAAUUUAGUGUGGAUUCUUUUCAAAUAAUCCUAGAUUCCCUGCUUUUUUACUAUGAUUGCUCAGAAAACCCGAUGUCUGAACACUUUCAUCCAACUGUGAUUGGAGAAAGCAUGUAUGGCGACUUCGAGGCAGCCUUUGAUCACCUUAAGAACAGGCUGAUAUCUACUAAGAACCCUGAAGAAAUUAGAGGAGGGGGACUCCUAAAGUACAGCAAUCUUCUUGUGAGGAAUUUCAAACCAAUGGACAAAGAAGAGAUAAAAAUCCUAGAGCGUUACAUGUGUUCUAGGUUCUUCAUAGACUUUCCAGACAUUCUGGAACAGCAGCAUAAGUUGGAGGCAUAUCUGCAGAAUCAUUUUGCUGCAGACGACCAAAGCAAGUACGACUAUUUGGUGACCCUGCACCGUGUGGUGAACCAGAGCACGGUGUGCCUCAUGGGGCAUGAGCUACGGCAAACAUUGAACUUGAUCUCCCUUCUGGCACUCAGAGUCCUGGUAGAGCAAAACAUCCUCCCCAAUGCUAUGAACGUCACUUGUUAUUACCAGCCAGCUCCGUAUGUUAGUGAUGCCGACUUCAGCGCCUACGAUGCUGCAGAUGCUUCUGGCCUGUCUUAUCCCACUUGGCUGCCUUGCAACUGAUUUCUUGCUUCCUGCUUUUCUGUGAUCAUUAGCAGCCUGAAUAGAGGAUCUUCUGGAUUCUUCUUGUAUAUAAACUAGAAGGACUGCUAUCCAUAUUUGUUAAAUACUCCAAGUCUUAGUCAGGUCAUAAGGUAACCCCACCAGUCCUAAGGAAUAUUUCCUCUUUCAGCUGGAGUAACUGCCUCUCUUUGUCCAACGUUUCUUUAAACUGAAAACAGAAAUGGCAGAGCAGUAACAGCUGCAUGCCUGCUUCCCUGCAAUCUUGCUUUGUGAAACUUCAAAUGCCUGCAGGUUCUUUUUGCAGCAUACAAGGACCAUGAAGACUAGUCUGGUAUGACCAUGAAAAGCUAUGACUAUACACAGGCUGCUCAAAACUCCACUGAUGCUAACUGGAUUUAAACAGUUUAACUGUGUACAGGAGUGCAUUCACUUUCUUUUUUCCUGGAAAUCCUUAAUUAACAUUUGUCUUAUUUAGUGCUGCAGCAAUAAUGAUGAAUUUCAGCAUGGAGAGAACAAUACCUAGCCAUAAAGAAUUUUACAAACUCUAUGGCAUUUGUAAUUUAAAGAAAUUAAGGCCAUUGAUUAACAUGCAAGAUAAUGGAAUGCCCCACCUAUGGAAUGCGCUCCCUGGAGAGGUCCGCCUGGUGCCGUCGUUAUUUGU